GACCAAUUUCAGCGCUGGUAAACACACACUGGGCAAGUUGCUGCCGCGGAUGCGCCAGACGCUGCCGCCUUUGCGGCAUUUCGCCAAUCGACGGCUGAGAUUUGAAGCCAAUUAGCCGUUAAUCAAUGCCAUUCCAGUCACUGCGUAAUUCUGCUUCAGGUUUUGGCACUAACAGGCUUCAGGAGUCUCCCGUGGAUGACAGCGGGGAGCAGCGCCGGAGAUGCUGUAGCUCGCGCCGCCGCUAGAAGACAGACGCCGCGGUCCUCGCAGCUCCGCGCCAGAAAAAAAGCUCCCGCGUGCCGCUCGGAGAACAGGAGCUGCUCCUAAUAAGCCGAUGAAUGGGACUUUGCCCCGCGCUGGAUCCUGAAACCGGGCUCUGUGUGGGGGCGGCAAAGCGCAUAAGAAGAAAGAAGCGGGGACAGUCGUCUCUUUCAAAAAGAGACCCGAGGUGGAAAAAAGACGCAGCAACGGCAGAGCGGCGGUCGUGCGCGGCGGUGAAAUAGAUCAAGUACUGUGGGGAGGGAAGAUUGAUAACGCAACUGGGCGAGCGACGAGCGAGCGCGGCAGAUGUAAUUUACAGAGGCUGCAGCUGGUGCGGUGCCAGUGGCGUGUUGGACGGGUUAUUACUGCAUUCUCCUUUUCAUCAGUCACUGCCUCCAGCGCUGCCACGUUACUUGGGGCUCUCGGGCGGCUGUGCGAGGGAGCGCUGCUGCAGAGACCAGCGGGGAAUGCCAUGUGUCGUUGAGCGACAUAAAAGCUCUUUGUGGGCUGUUUAGCACCGGGGACAGGUGGUGUGUGUGUGUGUGCGCGCGCGCCGAAGCCAGCAGGGGGGCACGGACACACGGCCCCUGAGACAGUUGUCUUCGGGAUGUCAGGCCGGCACACGGGACCACUUCUUGCCAGAGACAGGUGCGACAGGGAGGAGUAGUUAACAAAGCUCCACGCAGGAUCUGAUAAUGGACUAACGAACCCCCCUCGCCCUCUUCGGAUCACUCUGGGAUUUUUCUAUCCAGCCGGACGCACUGUUCACUCGCGCGGUCGUCGUCUCGGCGCCAGCUCUCUCCGCCCCGAUAACCAGAGACUCUUCGGCUCUGUUGCUAUGGCGUCCGUGGUCCCGCCGUGCUUCUUCCUGCUGUGUUGGGUGCUCCAGACGACCAGCUCUGCGUUCCCAGAGGAAACUGGGCCCCUCAACUUCAUCCCCACUGAAGUGGCGAGAAGAUACCCGGUGUUUCUGGGCCGACCCCACCGGACGUGGCUGAGACAGGAGCCCCUGCACAUCCAGCGGGUCCUCCAGGUCAACCGGACCCUGUACAUCGGAGCCAGGGACGACCUUUACCGUGUGGAGUUGGACAUCACUGCAGGAGAUGAGAUGUUCUACAGUAAGAAGAGAACAUGGGAGUCGAACAAGAACGACAUCAGGAUCUGCAGGAUGAAGGGCAAGCGUGAGGACGAGUGCCGGAAUUUCAUGAAGGUUCUGCUCAGCCGACAAGGAGGCCUGUUCGUGUGCGGCAGCAACGCCUUCAACCCGCUCUGUGCCACCUACACUGGAGACACCUUGGAGAUGCUGGGCGACACCGUCAGUGGGAUGGCGCGCUGCCCUUACGACCCCAGACACGCCAACGUGGCCCUGUUUGCAGAGGGGAAUCUGUUUACAGCCACGGUGACAGACUUCCUGGCCAUCGAUGCGGUCAUCUAUCGCAGCCUGGGGGACAGUCCCGCUCUGCGCACCGUCAAGCACGACUCCAAGUGGUUCAGAGAGCCGUACUUCGUCAGCGCCGUGGAGUGGGGACCUCACAUCUACUUCUUCUUUAGAGAGAUCGCCAUGGAGUUCAAUUACCUGGAGAAGGUGGUGGUGUCCCGAGUGGCCCGGGUGUGUAAGCGCGACCAGGGCGGCUCCCAGCGGGUCCUCGAGAAGCAGUGGACGUCCUUCCUGAAGGCGCGCCUCAACUGCUCCGUGCCCGGCGAUUCCCAUUUCUACUUCAACCUGCUCCACUCCACCAGUCCCAUCAUCCGCAUGCACGGCAGGGACAUCAUCCUGGGGGUGUUCUCCACGCCGGCCAACAGCAUCCCGGGUUCAGCGGUGUGUGCCUUCGACAUGGAGCAGCUGGCCUCCGUGUUCGAUGGGAGGUUCAAGGAGCAGAAAUCCCCCGAAUCCAUUUGGACGCCUGUUCCAGAUGAACUCAUCCCUAAGCCAAGACCUGGCGGCUGCGCUGUUCAGGGGUCCAGGUUCAACUCGUCCAACUCGUUCCCCGACGAGAUGCUCAACUUCGUCAAGACGCACCCGCUGAUGGACGAAGCCGUGCCGUCGCUGGGACAGAGGCCCUGGAUAGUCAGAACCAUGGUCAGGUACCAGCUGAACAAGAUCGUGGUGGACACGGAGGCCGGGCCUCACCGGAACCGGACCGUGCUGUUCCUCGGGUCGAGCAGGGGAACCGUCCUCAAGUUCCUCAUCAUGCCCAACCAGGACAACACGGUCACCAACAGCCACAUCUUCCUGGAGGAACUGGAGGGAUUCAACCCUGAUAAGUGUGCCGAGGACUCACUACAGGCCAGGCAGCUGCUGUCUAUGAUUCUGGACCGGGCCAGCCACACUCUGCUCCUCACCUUCCCUUCCUGUGUGGUUCGGGUACCGGUCGCCCGAUGCCUCCUCUACUCCCGAUGCAUGAAGAACUGCAUCGCCUCCAGGGACCCGUACUGCGGCUGGACCAGAGGAAGCACCUGCUCAUUCCUCAGGCCUGGGACCAGAUUGCCGUUCGAGCAAGAUGUUGAACAGGGGAACGUGGCCCACUUGGGCGACUGUGACGGAAUGCUGCUUCAGGAGACUUUCAUCGAGGAGCCCGACGGCCUGGUGUCUGUGAACCUGCUGGUGGUGUCUGCCGUCUCGGCGUUCACCACGGGCGCCGUCCUCUCCGGCCUCACCGUCUGCUGGAUCAUGAGCCACCGCCACCGCCACCCCCGCGGCGCCGGGGCCGGCGGCGCCCGCCGCAAGGGCGACAAGGAGCAGAGCAUGCUGGGACACGGCCGCAGCGGCUCGGUGAUGAGCGUGACCCGGACCAGCGGCGGCGAGCGGCGCUGCUCGCAGGCGGACAACCCCUUCGUCACGCCCAACGGCUGGCCCAAAGGCGACAUGGACCCGGGCCUGCUGCCGACCCCGGAGCAGACGCCGCUGCAGCAGAAGCGGCCCAUGCGCCUCCCGGACCCCGACUGGGACCAGAGCCAGACGUUCCUCACAGCCGUGGGGACUCCCUGCCCCAACAGCUCCGUCAUCUACCUGAGCUCCAAGUACCUGCACGGCGGCGGAGGGGGCGGGAUGGUCCGGAUCGAGGACCCCGGGGAGGUGGUGCUGCCGCCGCACACGGAGCGCCAGCGCUACUUGAUCCUGGCCACCCAGAGGGGGGAGCACGGUGGCGGCCGCCCCUCCGGCGCCCUGAGGAACUCGGCGGGCGAGUACAUCUACCCCGCCACGCCGCAGGACUCGCCCGACCGACGCAGGGUGGUGUCCGCCCCCACCCCCCACAUGGACUACGGGGAGCCCCGCUGGAGCCACGAAGCUCUCAACUACAACAGCAACAACGGAGCCCCCUACCACCCCCAGCGCCACGGCCUCAUCAGGCCAGACAUGCACGGGCCGCGGGGACUGGGAGAACUGGCGGACUUCAGCCACCUCCUGGUGAAGAACAUGGGAGAGCGCGCCCCCAGUGGCCAAUGAAGGGAAGCGCACGUGCCCUGACACGAAGCUCUCUCGUGAACGCCCAUUCCCUCCAACAGUAAACUGGAAUAAAUUAACCCCUCCAAGUCGCUGCCCCGGUCCAACCCUAACCCCGUCCGUCCUCUCUCACUGUCAUUCAAUGUUCUGAUGUCAUUCAGCUGAGUGAAGAGAGAGACAGAGAGAAAAGAACCAGAGAUGCGAGAAGGAGGAGGACGCUCCUCGUUUCCUGUUCCUCCGCUUUCAGUCGGAGGCGUGACCUCCUGCUCCGUCCAUGGUGGAACCCAUGAGAACCCAGGGUGACUUUACAUCAUGGGACAAACAGUAUGUUGCAGAGAGGGGUGAAAGAAAGGAAAGGAGGCGAAGCGUGGACAUAUAAAAUACAGUGACCCUUUCAGCAGCGAAUCUGAAAGGCCGCCCUUCACCGCUCUGUUCACCGUGGAUCUUCUUUAAGUGUGAAAUUUCGUUUCGGCUUUUGUUUUUUUUUUUUGUUUCUCUUUUGUGCCAGUGGCAUCCAGCAGACGACAAUGUGCUUUGCUUUGGGUUUCACACGAGACCAAAACUGUUGUAGCCGUGCCAGAGGGCAGUGACUCUUCAUGAAUCCUGCAGCGCGCGUGCGUGCGUGCGCGCGUGCGUGCGUGCGUGCGUGGCCACAACAACCCCAGCCAGUGUUCUGUCUUAACUGUGAAGCUCAACCAUUUAAUGAAGCUGGUGACAACAUUAUUUGCCCGUUUCAUAAACAAUCAGAGACAAAUGGAUUUUAACAGUCCGAGUUUGGAGGGUUGAGAGUGGGUAGUGAUAAGAGACUGCCCGUGUAAUUUAUGUGAUCCCCAGUUCCUCCGAAGCAGCUCUGGGCAGAGGCACGAUAAACGAAAGAGCAAUAAUAGGAAAGUAUCACGAGGACAAAGAAAAAGCCAAAUGAUAUUUUUAUAAUCACUGUUUUCUCAGCAAAGCAAACUGAGGCUUAUGGGUGUCAGGAAGAGCAGAGCGGAGGGGAGAGGGAACAGUGUCUCCCCUCCCUCUCUCCCUCCCUCGCUGCCUCUCAGUAUGCCUGGGUCCGACCCGACCCGUUUCGCGGCCUCCCUGGGCUCCGCCGCCCAUUUGAGGGAGGGAAUGUGAGCUGGGGCUGUCUGCCUGUCCGAUCCGGCCGCUCGGGAGCUCCAUUCAGCCUCUUCUGCCUGACACUGGGCUUCUUUGUGCCCCAGAAGCAGGAGGAGACUGCGGCAACAAAUAGCCGUUAAAGAGUCGGGGGCCGAGCCCGGUUCCACGGCCUGGCAGAAUAUCAAUGAGGAGGACAGCGGCUCCAUCCAUCACGCGAGAUGUACCAAGCGGAGCCGAGCAUGUCCUCGCUCCGCUUGGCGGGAGAGAGAGAGGGAGCUGGGGCGGAGGCGGGGGGCGGGGGGUGGUGGGCCUGGGGGUCGGUUCUGCCACAACGGGCCCCGCCGUGGCUGCGUCCCUUUCUCUGCCAGGAUAAAGAGGACCAGAUGGGCCUGGGUACCGUUGGUUCUGGAGUUACUCUUACAAUCCGUCAUCUGAUCUUUUGACGUUGUCUGUUUGGUCCUCGGCUGUUCUUGGUUCACAUGUAGAUCCAGCGUCAGCGCGUCUUCAUGUGGGUCACGGAGCUGUAGACGCGGCGUGUGAUGGUGCGCGAGUGUCUCGGGGCUCGUACCCGUGAUCGUGCUGCUCGUAUUGAGUGCGAAGAAAACAGCUUUGAUCAAUUCUACUCUCAUUCUUCUUCUUCUUCUUCUUCUUCUUCUUCUUCUUCUUCUUCUUCUCUUUUUUUGCCGCCCCUGUUCUUUUCUCUAUUGAGCCUCUAAUGCUGUGCACCAUCCCUUUGCUUGACAUUCACAAAUCUGUGCUAACAGUGUCGCUGCUCUGCGUGGGAGCGGUUCAUGCUAUACACUAUAUUUAAGCCAUUACAGACCUGCAGAUAAAACAGGGAAACUGGCCUGUGUUUAGUUGGAGAGAAUGUGGACCCAGAUGUUGGAUAAUACACACACACACACACACACACACACACACACACACACACACACACACACACACACACACACACACACACACACACACACACACACACACAGACGGGCAAACAACACACAACGUAAAAAGUCUGGAACAUUUUGUGCUCAUCCCUCUUUUUCAGCCACAGCAGGUAGCGGCUUUCAAAUAACCAGCUCUGUGUAACUACAGUAUCCGCCGGCAGUUAAAGUUAGCUAUUGUGCAACAUAAAGGACAGAGUAAAAGUAGAAAGAGCAAAGCGGAGAUAAAGGCAGAGGGAAUGUUGGACAUCAGGUGCUGAAAUAUGAGUCCAGAUUAACGAUACUGUCGCUCUCCAUCUGCUACAUGUACCAACACAUCUGCCUUAAAAGGUGGAACCGCUUCUUAUCGUGGCUCCUUUUUUAUUUUUCAGAGUAAUGACCUGCUGUUGGUUUCCUAAACACAGUCCUUAAAAACACGUAUGAACAUAAAUCUGACAGCAGCCUGUGUAAUAUCUGAUAUCAAAGGCUCUGCAGAGGAACUCAUUUCAGAUUGAAGACAACCAAACCCCCGACCUUCUCCCACAUAUGGAGUCAGACCAUGCAUCGUCUCGUCUCCUGUUUUCUUCAGCUUCGUUUUCCUCCUCACCUCCUGCACAGCGUCAUCGUUAUCUUGUGGCUCCUCGUGUAACUGUAGCGCUGCCUCCUCGGCCUCGGGCCCAGACAGAAGCCACGACGGCACAGAUGUCAGGUCUGGCUGAAGGAGCGACGGGCCGACGUGUGACCCGGAAACACGACCUCCUCCAGAACGAGAGACAGAGCUUCUCGCUGCGCGUUCUAAGUUCCAACAGAAUGUGAGUUAUUGCGGCUUUAAGGUUUGAAACCCAGCUCUAAUGAAAACCACAGCCAACGGUUGGAGGAGGUGUACAGGACAAGGCAGUGAAGGAGAUUUAUGAAAGGAGGACGUGGGAGGAGGUCAAGCAGGCAAACAUGAUGUUACUGCAUCAGCGCCUCGUCGCGUUAGCGUAGUGUGUUCUUUACACAUUCCACCCUCAAACAGGUCAUUAGCAUUGAGGAGACGGAGCCGUCCACCAGCCCUGCCCUUCAUCUCUGCCUCUCUUUAUCCGUCCCUGUGUGUGUGUGUGUGCGCACGCAGCCAGCCGUGUCCUCGCUCCGCAUCUCCUCCGGUGUUUCGCUAAACAUGCUUGAUUAAGCAAAGUACAUUCCUGGCCCUCCAAAGGCCUGAUGAGCCCCUGAGAAGAUUACUGCAGACACAUCGGCCCUGAGAGGGAGGCGCACGUCCAGCAACCACCAGCCGAACGCUCCCACACACACACGCACACACAGACACACACACACACACGCACACACACACGAACGCACACACACACACACACACACGCACACACACGCACACACACACGCACGCACGCGCACACACGCACGCACACACACACGUGCGCACGCACACACACACACACACACACGCACACACACGCACGCGCACACACGCGCGCGCGCGCGCACACACACACACACACACACACACACACACACACACACACACACACACACACACACACUGUGAGCGCUCUAACCAAAUUUGGGAUGCAAUUGAAUUAAGAUCCGAAAUAGAGCUCAGGCUUGAAAUGGGCCGACACUGACGUGUUCUAGGAAAUGCAAUGUACAGUGCGUGAUGUUAUCUGACUAACUGCAUAACUCGAUUGUCGUUCCCCGACGUUACCGGCCGCCAGAGGAAUGUAGGUGUGACAUCAUGGAAUCUGGUGUGUUUAUUAAAGCCAUCAUCCUCCCUCUUCUCCGCGUACUUCACGCUCCUCCUUCGCCGCCAGCUGCACUUUGUCUCCUUCUUCUUCCCAGUCGCCUUUUAUUGCUAACAGACCCGCGUCCUGUCUCCACCCGGGCGGCGCUCUCGUCCUGUUUGUCCCCAUUAAAGGUCGGCUUGUUAAUUUAAUGAGUCGGGCGCAGAAACAGAAUUCAUAGCGAUUCACCAAAUCCUUUAUUUCACGUCAGAAUCCUCUAUGUGUUGCGACAUUUUCAAAGCUUCUCAUGCGUUAAAUUGCUUUCCUUUGGUUGGAAAUAAUUUUGCUUGGUGUUUUUAUUAAACGUAGCACUUAUCGCCUAUAGUCGUACAUUCACGCGCACACAUUCUUUGUGUUUAGACACAGACACACAUAAUUCCUGCCCAGCCCUCGUGACCCAGUGUGUCUGUCUGCGCUGUGUGUGUCUGUGUUGGGGUUGUUUGUGCUGUGUAGACCACCCCCCCCCCCCCCCC